AGACUACGAAGAAGAACUAGAAACGAAUCCAUUUACACACUCUGGAGGGGGGCCCUGAACGACUCGUCUUCAUCCGUCAACGAAACGAACCAAGGAAAUAUUUUUUAACCUUUCUAUCAACCUGAAGUCAAUUUUUGAGUUGCGCUAGGCCCCCUCCCAAAUAUUGACUGAAAAUAGUAGAUUUAUAGAUUGAGUCAUGGCGGAUUCGAGCAACAGUGCUGCGGCGGCUGGAGCCACAGGCUCGAAUACUGGUGCCGCCGGGGCUGUUGCGCCCGAGGGAGCGACUGGAGCUGCGGGGAUCAAGCCCGUGUUGGAGGUGGUAAAGGGGCAGAACUUUGACGUUGGCCCCCGCUAUGUCAACCUCUCGUACAUCGGGGAAGGGGCCUAUGGAAUGGUUUGCUCGGCCCAUGACGGCAUGACGGAUUCUCGCGUGGCCAUUAAGAAGAUCAGUCCGUUUGAGCACCAGACGUACUGUCAGCGCACCCUGAGGGAGAUCAAGAUCCUGCUGCGGUUCCGCCAUGAGAACAUCAUCGGCAUCAACGACAUCCUGAGGGCCCGCCGCAUCGAGUGCAUGAGGGACGUCUACAUAGUGCAGGAUCUGAUGGAGACAGACUUGUACAAGCUCCUGAAGACCCAGAUGUUGAGCAACGACCAUACCUGCUACUUCCUGUACCAGAUCCUGAGAGGCCUGAAGUACAUCCACUCUGCCAAUGUGCUGCACCGUGACCUCAAGCCCUCUAACCUGCUCAUCAACACCACCUGUGACCUCAAGAUCUGUGACUUUGGGCUGGCACGGAUAGCUGACCCAGAGCAUGACCACACAGGCUUCCUGACAGAGUACGUGGCUACGCGCUGGUACAGGGCCCCCGAGAUCAUGCUCAACUCCAAGGGCUACUCCAAGUCCAUUGAUAUCUGGUCAGUGGGCUGCAUCCUGGCUGAGAUGCUGUCCAACAGGCCCAUCUUCCCUGGGAAGCAUUACCUGGACCAGCUCAACCACAUACUGGGCAUCCUUGGCUCUCCCACUCCGGAUGACCUGAACUGCAUCAUCAACAUGAAGGCCAGGAACUACCUGCAGUCUCUGCCUGAGAAACCCAAGAUCCCUUGGAACAAGCUGUUCCCCAAGGCGGACAGCAAGGCUCUGGAUCUGCUGGGCCGUAUGUUGACCUUUAACCCUAUCAAGCGCAUCACGGUAGAGGAGGCCCUGGCUCAUCCCUAUCUGGAGCAAUACUACGACCCCACUGACGAGCCUGUAGCAGAGGAGCCGUUCACCUUCACCAUGGAGCUGGAUGACCUGCCUAAGGAGAAGCUGAAGGAGCUCAUCUUCGAGGAGACGUUCCGCUUCCAGGCCACCUACCAGGGCUCCUGAGACAUAGAGCUUUGAAGACGAGUGACAAAGCCACACGGAGACUCCAAACGACAAGAUACAAAAAAAAAAAAAACAUAUAUAUACAGCAUACAAAAAAAAGGACCAGAAACAUGUACAUUUUAAAGUUUUUUUAAAACAUUUAUUUCGCGGGGAAGCUGUUUUUUUUGGUGGGGGGGGACUGUUGUCUACUUAAAGGAAAGAUUCACCCAUUCUGAAUGUUAUUGUUUUUGUGCAUCUCAGCAGUUCUAUUGAUUCCGGAAGUUAAUAGGAAUUUGACUUUUUGAUCGCAAAAACGUCUUAUCAUACAUGUCAUAUUUCUCUCGAAUGAGCCAUUGAUCAUAUUUUUUUGCGAUAUUCCUACCUUGAGAAAUGUGUAAUUAAACAGAGGGUCCACCACAUUUCUCCUAUUUGUCUGCCUCUUUAGUCCAUGGUGCAUUUCAUGGUGCUAUUGCUUAUGUCAUACUAGGUUAAACAUGGUGAGAGUGCAAUUUUUACAACUAACUAUUUCACAUGCUGAUAUUGACUCUGGCAUUAUUGUAUAGCUAGCUUGCCAGCCGGUCCAUAGAGAGAGCAUUGCAUUGUGGGUUUAGUUGUCGAUUUGAGCUGCAACAGAUUUCCCACAAGAUUUUCACAUGUUGCUACCAGCCUUAUUAUAACAGAAUUUAAAAUGUGUUCACAAAAAAAUAUUGUUCUCACAUUUGAGUGUUAUUUAACACUGUAAAUUGUAGGAAUGAAUGGUUUUGGGUGGAUAUUUCCUUUAAGUAGUACUUCUGCGCUCAUUUUAACCACCAUCAAGGAGACUCUUCCCUCUUUCUCUUUUACUGCUUUCUGCGCGGAUUGUGUACUGUUUAAAAAGCAAGAACUUAAUCUGACCAACUCAAUUUUACCACUCUCGUCCCUGUGAGCCCUUUCUCUUUUUCCCCCUCUCUGUAAAUCGGUGUUCUUUCCAUCUCUUUCUCACAAGUCACAGUAUGUGUUACUGAAUUAACCUACACCCCUUAACUGUCUGUCUUGCUCCAUGGAAUUAUUGUUUGAUGGAAAGGAAAAAAAAGAAAGAAAAGAUAGACAGGUGACAGUUAGAUGUGUACAUAUAAAUGGUUUUGUUUGAGUGAUCUCGUGGAGGUUUGGUUUGUACGCCGUUAUUUAAAUGUUUUCUGAACAGUCAGGAGUCGUAUUUGUAUGUUUUGAAGUUUAUAUUUGAGAGAAUUGUUUUGUUUUUUGGAACAUUGAUUUCUAGACAUUCUUUACUUGAUAAACAAACAUUCUAUGUUUUAACGGCAUGUUGGUGGUUUUAUAUUUUUUUCUUUUGUUUAGAAAUGUGUGUUGUUAAUCUAAAUGAACAAGCAUUCAUUCUUGAAAUGUACCAAAGUGGCGAAGGUAGAGUGGGAUGGAGGCAUGGAGAGAUGAGGAAUGGCUUGAAUCGUCUUUGUACUGUAACCCACAGCUGGUUUAUCUCCACCCUCACUUAUUCAAAGAGGACGUCAGCGUUUUCAGAUAGAAAUACAUGGCCUAGAACAGGCAUGAUUACCCCACAUCUUAGAAAUUCUGACGUGAUUCCCUAUUCUCUGUGCUAGUCUCUGACUCACUAGCAAGGAUCAGCGACAUGCCACAGACCCUCACCGGUCCUUAAAUGGGAGGUUAAGGAAAAACGGCCAUCUUUUUUUGAAGUGGGGUGCCUAUAGUAUGUUUCUCUUCUCCCAAAACAAAUCUGCCACCAUAUUAGAAAAUUAAAAUUUCUCCUGUCUGCCAAUUUGCCAUUCCCUUCUCCUCCCUUCAUGUGUCUGGUAUUGUUUCAGGGAGGACAGUGAUUUGUAAAUACUCUAUUUAGUUGUGGAGGGUGGCAGGCAGAAUCAGCAGAUAUAUGACUGAUAUUUACUUUACGCUUGUUAAACUGAUAGUGGUUGCCACGGUUACGGUGUCUAGGUAAUUAGUGGGUUUUUUUUCUUUUUUUUUCUCUCUCUUUGUUUCCUUCUAAUGUGCCGUGUUUCAUGGUGGGCUUUGCUCAGAGCUUAACGCAUUGCUGUCACAUUUUCCACUCACAUCUAACAGUGGACCGCUUCAUUUUACCGUAGCACAUCCUUAGCCCCUCAGAAGCUAUAAGCCUCUAUUCAUGGUAGAAGUGGCCCUACAUAAAGAUCUGGGAUCAUUUUUAGCCUCUCCUAAUCCUUAUGUUUGGCCAUUAAAGGAGGCGGAGAGUAAGUAUGAGUCCACUGCUGUGUUCAGGAAGUCUUUACAUCCUGGGACGUUCAGUUGAACUGACAAUGCUGUUGGGGAACGUGAUCAGCAUGGCUACUGCCCUUUAAAAACGCUGUCAGUUAUGAGCAAACGUGCCUGUCUGUUCAAUAAUAUUUUUUGGGAAACGUGUCAGUCAGUACAAACCGUUGCGCAACGUAGCAAAUGUUAAAGCGAACUGAACGCACCUCUGAUCGAUCAGUGGAUAUGGGCAGUAAUCAUCCAUUCCACACAUCCCAAUUACCAGCCAUGCUUUACUCAAAGGGCUUUCUCCCUCAGGUCCCACCCACCACCCUUUUAUCUCGCUUCUGAUUGGCCUGAGACCUACCAAACCACAUCCCAGGUCGGCUGCCAUUUGCUUACUCAUUUCUUUGACUCUUAUUUCCUGCUGUAAUUUUGUUUUGUUUCCUCCUCAUCCCCCCCUCAAUGAUUACUGUUCCAUCCCCAAUCAUGGCUAGAAAUUAAAGCAGAUCUGAUUUUAAAGUGGAGGAGCAUUGCUUGAGUGACAUCUGUCAGUUAUGUUGGGGGAAGAGGGGUUACUUGAGUCAAUCAUGUUUCUCAAUCAGCGCACCUGCACUUUGCCACGCUAACCCUUCUGUUUUUUUUAUUUAUUUAUUUCAGCUGUUUUAGUCUUAAGUCAAGACAUCAGCCUACUCUUUUGCUCUUACUUAAAUUUGUUCUCUUUCCUCCCUCUUUAAUCUGCUUGCUUUUCUGGGCAUAUUUUUCAUGAAAGCUCACUGGAGCCCGUCACACUUUUUAUUGAGUGUGUGCGUGUCAAGUGUCUUAACACACAUUUGCAGUGGACCACCCUGGUCCGCGCUGUUUCAUUGUGUGUGUCUGUAUAGUCUGUGGUUGACAGCAGACACUACUCCAAUCGGCAGUAUGUAUGUGUUCCUCUGUCUGUGUGUUUUAUCUUUUUGAAACGCACUCCAGAGGCUUUCCCGUUAUUUCUAUCUGCAUGAUUGGAUACUUGUGACUGUCUGUGGUUCUCUGACCAAAAGCUGCGUUACUAUUCCCCCCCCCACACACACACACACACACACCAGCGACAGACCCAACUGACCGCCAGUCUCAACGGAGAACAAUGCGAAUGAACCAACGGGACCAUGUUUUGCCAUACGCAAUCACUCACUUUUUCACAGACGCACGCAUACACACAUCCUUGCACACAAAACACACCACAUAUGCACACAAUACAUGCAGAAAAAAAUGCAUAGUCAGGCCAGUUUCUAAAUAAUGUCCUUUUUAAAUGGCUGUUCUUAUUAUUGCUAUCGUUGUUAGUGGUGGUCUUUUUUUCACAUAAGGGAGUUGUAUUUUCUUUUUUUGUUGGUGUAAAUGUUUUUAUUUCUCUUUUUGUUUCUCUUAUGGGUGUGCUAUAACUGGCAGUGUUUUCACUCUUAAUGGAACCUAUUUUUUUCCCCCAUUAUUAUUUUUGAAUGAAGAUGAUAUGCCAUAUGAGUAGGUUGUCAGAGAGAUGAGCUAUUGAGGGUUAUCGUCUAUGUAUAUUCUAUGGGUAUUAUGAAUUAAACAAUUAACAAAGAAACAAAAUUAUAUACAUAUAAUAAAUAAAAUUCCUGAUACUGGU